UGUUGUAGGCAGUGGCUAUUUAUGUGUUUUGAACCAUAGUCUACAGUUAGAAGAUGUUCAGAAUGUAUUGCUGAGAUCCAAGUAAUAUUGUGUUAAAUUAACGUUGCUGCGAUUACUCGUAUCUGUAAUACCUCUCCCGCUAUUAAUGUCUUGAAAUUGGCACUUGAACACCGAACGGUUGAAAAAAUUCGUGUUUACAUCCUUCAACAACUACCCAAUUCACCCUAUGUACGUUUAUUAUUAUUCAUGAUUAUAAAUACCACGUAUUGUUUCUUCUAAAUCUUCUAAUACUGCUGCUGCUGACCUUUUGGAAGCGAUUUGGCAUUGUUGGACUCUCACCAUGGGAGUACAUUUGACAUCUGUGCUAGCUUCACUCUCUUCACUGCAUCUGUUGGACAAAGCUCAGAUUGCACCUCCAACUGGACUGACAUUCACAGACACAUUUUUUGGAGAACCACUACUUUGCAUCAAGCCUUUGUUGCAGAGGUAGCAGUGGAAGAUCUGCUUGAUUGAGUGACAUCAUCCAGUUUUUCAGUGUUCAAUGGCACUUGGUGUUUGUUAAUUUUUGGUUAGUUUUGAUCAAUUUUGUGCCCUGUGGUUGAACUCAGAAAUCCAAUUUUAAGUGCUAGGUGUUUGGCUUUUCCUUUUGAAUUCUAUUUCCCAUAUUACUGUCUAUCUAUUUACAUGUGAACAAGUGCACACCAUAUAUGCCACAAGAAUGUCUCUUGUGGUUCACAAACUGAUGCUUGCUCCAGGCUCUUCUAAUCCUACAGCAUCCUCAAGUGGUGCUAAUAGCAGUGCAACUGAGAACAGUAGUACCGUCAUCAACAAUUCUGAUGCUGAGACUGAAGUAUUGUCUUCCAGCCAUCAGACUAAUAUUGGUACUGAGAGCUUAAGUGAUGAGAGAAUCUCCAUACCUGGACUUCCACGGAGGUCAGUGCUGUCUCCUCAGUCUACAUUUGAGUCGGCAAUGGCUAAUGUUGCCAUGCCGUCCCUCUCAUCAACUGUUGUUAUUCACCAACAACCAUCAAGGAUUAUUCAAGCAACACACCAGCCUCACUUGGCUGUAGCACAAGCAGGCCCUCACACACACUUGUCACUGGUGAGUCAUGUACCUCAACAGUCAGCUGUUGGAUUAAUCUCACAGCAAAAACGUUCUCCAGAGUCUCAAGCCAUACCAGCACAAUCCUCAGUUGUGUUGGCGCCGAGACAACAGCAAACUGUGGUCAGGUUUCCACAGCAACACUCGCAGUCGUCAGUGAUUCCAGAAUCUCAACAGCAACAAACAGUGGUAUUAACUCACCCACAGCAGUCACCAGUUGUAUUAACUCAACAGCAGUCAUCAUCUGUUGUGCUCAGUCCUCAGCAACAUUCACAUCACCAGUCAAUAGUUCAAGUCCCUCAACAUUCAUCAGUAGUUCAAGUACCCCAGCAGCAGUUGGUAUUGGCAAGCAGCAAUCCCAACAUGACUGUCACUGUAUCCAGCCAGGCUGGAACUCGUGCUCCUUACCACUACACUAAAAUGGUUCAUCACAUGCCUGGCAAUGGCCCAACUCGGCAAUACCAGACUGUUGUGCAGCACAUCCCUGUCACCUCGUCAGUGCUGAUAAGCUCUAGUGGUGCAGGCACGGUGCUUCAUCAAGCUAAACCACUUCUCCAGCAACAGCACCUCAAAUUACAGCAAUCUGCUGUUGUUGCUCAUGGCAGGACUAGCAAUGCCGGGACUUCAUUUGUCAAUCAAAGAGUACUUGUGGCCAGCAGCUGUGAGGGAUCGGACUCAGGCUUCCCGAAGUGUUAUGUAGGCACGCAUCUCGUCAGUAACAAAGGUGCUGUUGCUCCAAUGAUGACAUCAGUUGUGGUGAACAACAACAGCGGGAUCAGUGGCACGAAAAUGAACAAACCAAGCACCCAAAGCUCUUCCACAGAAACCCCCGUAAAUCUGGGAAGUGAAAACUGCACAGUGAAGUCGCCCUUGGCAGUUGUGCUACAAGAUCACAACUACAUGGCUCCACUGCCUCCUCCCAACAGCCAAGAGACCAAUAAACUUUCGACAAAAGUAUGGAGUAGUGGUUCUCAAGGAGGUGUUGUAGUGAGUGGUGUUACAUCGACUGUAGUCCACUCGUUCUCUCCGCCGGGAGUGGUGAUGAGUGCAUCACCUCAUUUGCCCUCUGUAGUGCACUCGCCCUCGCGAACCUACUCGUUGCACCGCAGUAAAACGAGCAGUUCUCUCAUACCAACUUCAAGUAACCCUCUCAACAGGACAGUGUCAAGCAACACAUACAGCAGGGUUAUAAGCAACAAGCCUGCAUCACCUGCUCGUCCCACUAAAGCAAUCGCAUACUCACUGUCCCGCCAGCAGCAGCAACAGCAGCAACGCUUUAACACUAUCACUCAACAGCAGCAGUUGCAUUACGGCUCACCUUUGAAGACAGUGAGCAAAACUGCUGUGCAGCAUCGCACAAUUGGUGUCUUGCACACUUCUGAGCCGAAAACCGCCAAUGGGAGCAGUUACAUUGCCAGCAUAUCAUCUCCUGUUGGUGGGCAGCGCUAUACAUACAGACGUAGUAUAAGUACUGUCUCCACCACACCACUGAGCUCGGCUAUUGUUGGUGGAAGCCCAUUACCAGUUAUUGGAACCUCUUCCACCACCAGCCCCAACACGGGUGGAAGUAGCAUUCACACCUCCGUCAUUUCUUCAGCCCACGGAAGUGUUGUACAGAAUCCUUCUACUCCUUAUAAUAGAUCCUGUGUUUAUAAUUCUGCCCCUGCUUUGUGUAAUAAUGUUCAUAGCUCCUCAAGUGCUGUUAUUGGUGCAAUCAAUAGCGUCAGCACUGCCAUUAAUAAUUCUGUGCUCACAAGCCGCAGUAUCAGUAGUACAAAUGGUGGGGUUUAUUCCAGUAGCAAUACUGGCAGUGAAAAUAAUGUAAAUAUUCUUGUCAAUAACAAAACGAGUGUAAUAAAUAAAACUGGCAAUGUUUCGAGCAAUUCCCGCAUUGCUUCAUCGAGCAGUCCGUCGACAUCUCCUACAUUGACGUACAUUCCUUCUCCUUAUAUCCCUCCUCCUCCUGGCAGUGCCAGCGUCCCUGACUAUCUGAACCCAACUGGAAGUCUUCUGUCACCGACGGGCUUGCUUUCCAUUAGCUCACCCUCAAAGAAAGAAACCAAAGGCUCAUUUGCAACUCCCACUAACAAAUUACAGCUUAUGGGAAAAGAGAAUCAAAUAGAUGAUAUGAGCCACUCGAGCCUGAAAUCUUUGAACACAAGUAGUGCGAGCAACUCUUCUGAUGAUGAGAAAAGUUCUUCCCCUGGACCUUCAGGAGAGGAAACUGAGACUGCCCCCGAAGGUGAAGGCGAUGAGAUGGAACAUGAUGAUUCCAUCACGCGAUGCGUGUGUGACUUCACGCAUGAUGACGGCUACAUGAUUCAGUGCGAUCGUUGUCAGGUGUGGCAGCAUGUGGUUUGCAUGGGGCUCAGCAAGGAUAAUAUUCCUGAAGUCUAUCUUUGUGAAGCUUGCCAUCCCCGGCCAGUUGACAGACAAAAAGCUCAUGGCAUUCAGCUCCGCAAGAGAGACCUCUUAACUAAACUGCCUCAUCCCGGAUCUUCAUCUGACUCGGAUGAUAAUUGCCGACGUGCGAAAAAUAAAACUGGGAAGACUUCUGCCAGUAACAUGGAUGUAAUAAGACCUAAGAUCGCCAAGAAGAAAAAACCUAAACUUCUUGACAAAAUUCGUCAUAAUUCUGGCAAUAAGAAUAACAAAACAAUUCCCAAUCAUAAGAAUAAUAUUCUAGCUAAGAACAAAAAGCAUAAUAAGAAAAACAAUGCACCUGGAAUCACUUCGACCUUGUCAAGCAAUAAUAACAACAAUAAUAAUGUUUUGUCACCUAGCAAUGAUGAUAAAGAAAAGAAGAUUCCACCUAAGAGAAGACGCAAAAGUAGCAGCUCUGCAACAAAUGCUGUCACUGAUGCACCGUCAGUGGGACUCUCACCUGUGCUCAUUGCUCCUGCCCCUGCAACGUCAAGCUGCCAGAACCAACUGACCUACGCAGACGUGGUCCGUGGUUGGGUCGAGGGAUACGAGGCUGCUAUCACCAACCACUACAGUCCUGAGCUACGGGCGCGUGUACACGCGGCACGCAUCAAUGGUAUCUCGCCUCACCUCAGAGCUUCCGUGCAAGGUGCCGUGUUGGGCCACCGCUGCAGAGUUGCUGAGAACAGCCAGCCCAACUGCCUCGAAUUCGAGAAAAAAAUACUUGUUGCUGGAUGUGCUGUCACAAGCGGUACUGCGCUUCUCGAGUAUCAGGGGAAAUAUCUUCUCUGGUCACAGUGGUGUUCAAACAACGGCAACAACACAAACUCCAAGUGCCACAGCGGCAACGUUGCUAGCAACACAAAUAACAACAACAAUAAUAAUAACAACAACAAUAGCGGGGGCGGUGGCAUUGAUAGAUUUUUGCCAUUCACUCUGCGCUACACGCUGCUUCAGGAAGGCCUCUCCGUUGCUGUUGACGCACGCACAUACGGCAAUGAGGCGCGCUUUGCUAGGAGAAGCUGCAAACCUAAUGCACAGGUCCGUCAUGUUGUGGAGAGAGGCUCACUCCAUCUGUACCUGGUUGCAACGGAAGAUAUAGAAGAGGGAGAUGAGAUCCUCUUACCCAUGCAAACGUGCAAUACAACUCAACUCGAUCACUUACCUCCGUGUCCUGCCAGCACCCACCACAAUAUUUGCCCCUUCCUGAACUCGUCCCCUCCUACACCCAUAACGCCUACUGCAGUUAGUGUUCAAGGUAUUCUGAAGGACAAGGACAUGCCGGAAGGCGAUUUGGCUGAUGCUGUGAGUGAAAUCGCGUCUCCUGACGUUGUUUCUCCAUCCCGCCCAAGUACAUUAUCCCCUAUUCGCUCAGCAGCUCUUUCACCUUCAAGAGGUUCCAAGUCGCCAGCAAAGGCAAGUGCAGCGUCUCCUUCGAAAUCCCCUAGUGGGGUUAAAGGUGUGUCUUCUCCAUCGAAGGUGAGCGUGUCCUUCUGCAAGUCUCCCUCGCCUGUCAAGACAAUUUCAUCUCCUGAUAAAGGAAGUGUUUCACCAACUGCUAGUGGCUCCUCCUUCACUUCAUCUGUUCAACAACUAGGCCCUCAACCAUCACGAAUGAAUUGCCCGAACACAUCACCAUCGCCGCACAGUUCCCCUGAAAGAGAUGGCAGGAAAUGUGGCUCGUUCAACAAGCGCGGGUGGCCGUUUCAGCGCAGCAGCCGGCGGACUAUGUCAGAAUCUUCAAGCUGCAACCGCCGCAAAUUACGCAACGCAAUGAGUUGCACUUCAGACGAUGGCGAAGAAGGAGACGAAUCCCAGGACGAGGGAAGCUUGUGUUUGGACGACAACAACAGCAGCCUGGAGCGUCGCACUCGUCGCAGUAGUGAUGGACUUGAUUGUUCUUCUCGGCCAGCUUCGUCUCCUCGUAAACGCACACCUUCUACUGAAACCCAGGCUAAGAGAAAUAGUGAAAACAUUCCCGGAGAUGCCGGUCCGUCAGCACGCCUGCGCAAUAACAGUGGAAGCAGUGGAACUGGAAAAUCACCCCACCUGGGCAAGUCCAGCAGCAGCUGUGCAGGGAAAUCUCAGAAGAACCGGAGUGCCAGUGAGAGCGAGGGUCCUAACGACUCAGUCUUGUCUGCUAUCAAUGCAGAAAAAGAUGGCAAAAAGCUCACGCGGGAGGAAAAGAAAAUACUUGCCUACAUGAAGGCCUUUGAGAUGCUUGAGAAGCAAAAGCAAAGAAAACAGGAAAUAGACAAAAAACGUGAAGAAGAGAGGGCUCGACAUCACAGCAGCAAGAGUGGUGAUGGCGGGGAUGAAGAUGAUGGUGAUAACAGCAGUGGAGAUGAAACUUUCAGACUGCACGAAAAGCAUCGUAAAAAGAACAAGAAGAACAGUCGUAUUGGAAACAACCGAGGUAGCUCAUCAGUCCAAAGGGCAUCCAUGCACCGUAGAAGACGAGCCAUCAGUGGACCUAUCGACCAAUGCAAGUCGGACGAUCGCUCCUCUGUUUAUGAACCAGAUGCUGGAGCCCUCACGCCUCCCGUGGCCAGGUUUCCUAAGACAAAAAAGUCUAUGAUGAACGAGUGGCUGAAUGAGUGUAUCGAAGAUUCUCCGUUUGAAGGCAGCAAUAGUGGCAGUGGCAUGAAUAUGAUGGGACCUUUGGGUGGAGCCUUUGGAGUCCCUUCUCAUUACAUGAGAGCUGCACCUCCCUCGCGACGGUCAUCUACCUCCAGCGCCGCCCUAAGCCUGGCAAACAACGCGCCAGGGGUAUCGGCCAAGAAGAGGUGGCUGCGCCAGGCCAUUAGUGAAGAACCUUCUGCUCCUGAAGGUUGCAGUCCCUGCCACACGCCUGACUCGCCGCCCUGCGGACAAGGAGCAAUAGAUUACAACACGCCGCUGAAGAAACGCCGCUUUGCUAGAGAAUCCAUUUCAGAAUCGCAACUUGUACAACCCUCCUCACCUUCAGACUUUCCAACUAAGAAUGAAGCAGAUUCUUCGGAAUCAGUUGAAGUGAAGAUGGAAAAAGUUGAAUCGUCGUACAAAAAAGAUGACUCCAUGGAUACGGAUUCAAAUGAUUUUGCUACUUUCACUGAUAAAAAGAUUAAGGAAGAAUUAUCCCCGGAUUCAAAAAUUGACAUAAAUAAUAUAAAAACUGAGGGUGAGAAACAACCAGAUUGCAGAGCGUCUGAAGAUGAGAUUGAUCAAAGAAACGAGCCUCGAAUUACUCGCAAACGUAAGCGAUCUGUUGAUGUGCGACAUGAGGAUUCUGUGGAUGCAGUCGUUGCCAAUGUUGACACCAUGUCAACUGAGCCGUUAAGUGGUUCAACUGGUAACCUCUCAAAUGCUCUUGUUGGUAAAUGCCCUCUCUUUUCGGAUAGUGAAGAAGAAGAGCAGCGACGAGUUCGCAAAGAUAGACUAAAAAAAAACGCCGAUGGUAAACGUAAGUGGAGACGUGGUCGUAGACCAGGGAAGAAGAGUGGCCCUGGUAAUGAUGCUGAUAAGACGGAUUUAAACGCAGACCAGACCGUGUACAGUUCCGACGACGGCUCUGAAGAUAAUGACCUCGUUGCAGAUGAUGACGAGGGUAUUGAUGAUAGCCCUGAGAGUGGCUUUGAAGGCUUCUCGGACAUAGGAAAUUCUGCUGUUGCAGACUCGCCUGACCGCGAUAAACCAAACAAAACCACCAAUCUAGCUGGCAGGUCAUCGUCAGAUGUGAAGAGUCCUCCAGAACCUGAGCCUUUCUCUCCGGUAGGUGGUGGAGAUCCAUUAAAUAAUGAUAAUAAUGAACUUGACUGGAGAGGACCACGCACUCCAGAAGGCCCCGCUCCAUUUUCCCCAGAAGUUAAAGCCUGUCAUCGAACUCCCUUCAGCACUCCUCCACCUUCUCCUGUUAGGCCCGUGACUCCCACUCGACUCCCAUCCCCACCGGCCUUGCCCUGUGAUCCACCACCUCCUCUCUCUCGCUCCCCUCCCCUACCAUCCAUUUUAAAGGUUGAGCCAAACCUCAAUGCGCCUUCAAUCACUACGCUCGGUUCCACGAGUCACCUUCUGGUUCCAGAUUCAUCCACUUCAUGUAUUGACUUGAAUUCUUCUGAACCAGACCUUACUCCCCGGCCACCCCUCACUACCUUGGGAGCCUUGGAUCACACUCCUAUAUCUUACAGAAACUGCUCGGCCCUAUCCAGUGGACUGCCUCUUACCACUCUUGGAGAUCUCAACGAAGAGGACAGACCACACGGCACUAUGAGCAAGAAAUUUGAACCCGGCACUCCCAGUGAAAGCUGUUCAUCGCCUUCACUUAAAACUUCCGCACCUGUCAAAAGAAAGCUUUCUAUCCUAGAAUACCGGAAGCGAAAAAGCGUUCAUGGUGAUGAUUCUUCAAGCGCUGGUUCUUGCAGCACUUCUGCAAAUCCAUUCACUUUUUCUACAAGCUCGGAAAGCCCCGUGGCAUCGCCUUAUGUUAAUUGUGAAUUAUCGAGUUUGGCUACGAUUUCUGAUAUUUCUGCUGACCCAAACAAAAGAGGCUCCAAAGAACCCAUCAAUGAAAAGACCUACCCUAGUGAACGCGGUGCAAAUAUUAUUAACAUUGAUAACACUGAGAAGAAAACCCCCUACAAAAUAGCCCCACCAGAUGUUACGCCAAGAGGCGAUGAAAUUACCACUGUUUUGGAGCCAAUCAGCCGCAUUUCGUCGUGUACUGCUGCAUUCCUAGGCUCAUCAGCUGCUUCCUUGUUGCAGUGCACUACUGGCUUAUCUUUGCAUGACGAUAACAGUGAUCAUGAUGAAGAUAACGAUGUACGACGUCGAAGAGAAAACGAUGGUCUUGAAUGGUUUACAAGUAAAAACGACAAACAUUCUCAUGAUAUGGAUGAACCUGUCAGAAAUGAAAUUAUGUCGAAUAAUGUUGGUGGAAAAGUAGACAAUGCCGAGAGUGAUCUCGGCGAACCUGAGAUCAGUGAAUGCGGUGCAGAAGAAGAAUAUGAUGAUGAAAACGAUGAGACGGAAGUUGUGAGCGGUGAUAUUAGUGAUAUGUCGCCUAGCGGCUCCCCGCCAAGCCCUCCUUCUCCGGGAACUCCGCCCCCUCCACCGCCUCCCGUAUCUCCCCCUCCACCGCUCCCUCCCGUAUCUCCCCCUCCGCCACCUCCCGUUUCUCCACCUCCGCCACCUCCUCAAGUAUCUCCUCCUCUCCCACCGUCCUUAACACCUCCAAGGGUGAAUUUGUUCAUGGACGGUUGUGAAUCAGCACCCUCCCCAAUGUCUUCCCCGUCUUUUAUGUCGCCACUAACCAACGACGAGGAUGGCGACGAAUCUCCUGUCAAACGCGGCACCCUUGCUGAUCGUCUCAAGCGAGAAUUUGGUCUCUGUGUCGGCGAAGAAGACCAAACGAAAUACGCAAUCCAUUCCUCAGCCUCGCCACUCCCCAAUACAAAGUUGAGCAGCGAUGUUCCUCCCUCCACUCCUGAAGGCUCGUCCGUCCUGCCUCAUGCGUCUUCUGACUCGUGUAUUCCCGAAUCGAGUUUUUCUCAGAAGCAACUUUUACCGCUUCCUAAUCGGUAGGCUCGCCUACCCCACAUGAAUAGCCUAGACUAUCUACAUGUAUGUGAAUAUAUAAAUCUCUAAUAUUCAUUCACUCGAAAUUCAGUGAAUGCACUAAUGUUUUUCUUCUAUCACGUUGAAAUUCCUGAAUCUUCGUACAAAAGUGUGACAUAUUUUACUGGAAAAUGACUGUCUUCUAUGCAUAAGUUGUAAAAAUAUUUUAUAUAGCUGACUGAUUGUGUCAACUGCGGCUGUCAUCGCUCAUGCGUAUCUUCUCAUGAUGAGAUCUGAAACUGACAAGCUCUCUUAUGCGCGCUACGAGCCGCAUCUGUAAAGAGUUGAUUCACUCUUGUUUUUAUGGUACAUGGUAGUAUAGUAACUUCGAGUUCGGCUCGCAAGUGGGAUGCUGUGACACUUCAAGAGUCGUCGUUACCUCGGCAUGUGCACUGAAACAUGCGGUAGAAUCUUUCUUGAGCGCGCACUUGUGUUCAAGACUCUGAAACAGAGUACAAAUUAUGCUUAAUCGUUUAAAUAAAAGCCCAUUUCCUUGCUGAACCCCUGAUGUUUAGCUUUCUGUCGUUUUAAGUUAUUUCUUGUCUAAAGUGUACUAGGAAAUUUGUCUGGAUGGAAGCAUGAAUAUGUGAAGUAGUCUUUCUAUACUUGCUUCUUCAGCAGAGUCUUGGCUUUUCAUUUGGUCAGUAAUUUUGGAAUACUUGGGGCUUUAAUAUGUCUUUUUUUUUGUAUAUUGUAUCUUCGUUACACUAUGUGUAUUUCCUGUGAAUGCUAAAGAUUAGUCCUAAAAAGUGGAGUUACAAUGGAUUUAGUUCAAUCCUUGCAAUUAUUGUAUUUGGAAGUGCAAUCGACAAAAUUUAGUAGAUAGUUUCUUUUUAUUUGAUGAAGUAUUGCUCUGUUUUGAACAGAUUAUACGAAAGUUAUUCCACCCUAUUGGUUUACUGUUUUCGGUUGGACUGGCCAAAGAUACAUCACUUUUGUGUAUGUAUAAUCUUUAUUUUGUGCUUCUAUACCGUUCUCCUCUGAUUUUGACGUCAUUGGGCUUGCGAAUCUUCGAUUUCUGUGUCAACAGUUCAUUCUAAAUCGUUAUUAUAUAUGUUAAUGAGUUGUUAUAUCUUCAUCGAAGAAGUGGCUUAGAAAUCAGGUUUCGACAUUAGUAGCAAUUUUGAAAGUGGUAAAAUUGUCUGCAGUAAAAUUUUCGUCCUUUACCACCCUUGAGUGUGCGAAAGCGUCUACCAUGAAAGUUGAGUUGGAGGUUUGAGCCGCCAGUUAACUCGAUAUAAUUUCUGUUGUCUCUCUGAACUACAUGAAGGCAUUAUCUACACUUUCUUUCGUAGCUUUACACUUCAGAAAAGAUUUUGAAGCAUGACUAGUUAUUAUAUUGUUGCUAGGAGCUGUUGGAGGAUAGUUUUGGCACUUGAAACUGGAUUAGGUACUACAAUACAGGUUUCUAAUUUUAUUUAAUUUCAAAAUUACGGUGUUGUAGCAGAUUAGUUGACUUUUCUAAGAGCACUAUUUUUCUCGCUCGUAUCUUUUAGGCUUUGAAGUCCUUAUAACUUCGCAGUAUUUUACCGGCUUCAUUUCUUAUGAGGCAUCCUACCAUGACGCUCUUGCCGCCGCUCUGUUCUUAACGUUUAUGACGAACGUGAUUUCUUCAGCCAUUUUGCUGCCGCUGCUCAUUCCAUGCAGAAAAUAAAUUUGGGGAUUCUAACCUCUUGAGAGGUCUUUGGGCGUGCUUACUUGGCUAGAUGUAUUUUCUUAUGUCUUUCUAAUGGGCAAUUUUCUCUCACUUUGUAUCAUCUUUCUCAAGCUUUAUUUAGUUUAAUUAUAUUGGUAGACAAUUUUCCGGAAGUCGUAAAACUAGUGUCUCUUUGUCAAAACUUGCAAUCUUAGAGUGGAUCCGGCCGGUGAUUCUGUCCUCGACCCCUACUUUUUCAAGCAAAUGCCCUGGGCCUUUCCAUUCGUUGCCAUUCCGAAUUUUUGUUUUUAGGCGAAGAAUGUUUAUUCAACAAACGUGUCUUUUAUUUUCGCUCGACUUUGCGUUGAAAUCGGUUUUAUCCGACUAUCACAAGAAGGCUCUAUUUUUAAUUUUUUUUUUUUCGAAGGAUCUUUUGUUGGAGUUCUCAGAGUAGCUUUGUAACGAAUCUUAUACUAUCUUGAUGACUAAGAGUCACUUUGUUUUUGGCUUAUUCAAAUUUACUGCUCAUUUAUUUGACAUGUUAACCUAAGAUUGCUCUCGGCACCUUUCUUGACUCUAAUGUACAAAUGAAGCUCUUAGAUGAUAACGAUAUUAAUACUGCUUGGAGAGGUUGUUCAGUUCGAAACAGCGUUGACUGGACCAAGAUCUUAGGGCACGCCAAGUACGAGAUCGUCCAGGUUCUCAACCGUCAACAUGACUUAGCCCGACGGUUGGUUUGUUGGUAAGUUGGUCAUCUCAUGAAUAUAAAGCAGCUGGAUAACGUUCAGCGCGAUUCACUACGAAUCGAACUUGCUGCGGAUUGUUUUUCCCUUAGUGUGUUGAUCCCAACGACUAAGUUUCUGUGCGUGUGAAAAUGGUCAAAAGAAAUUGUGCGUAUGCAGUGACCUGUAAAUUCAUCACUCGUGUACAUAGACUGUUCCUUUAAGUUAAGGAUGUUGUUAAUGUAUAAGAACGUCAUACGAUUGUUUAAUUGUCUUAGACUUAAGAUAAAUGCAAGCAGUAAUAGUUAGGAUAAGAAUGCUGGAAAUGUCCAAACAUCCAACUACAAUUGAUGUCAAUGAAAAGAGAAGAGGACCCUCAACGAAGAUUAUCUUUAUUAAAAUCCCUGACACUGUACUGUAUACCUUAUUGCUGUAUAUUAGAGCUUGGAUCGACGUAUAUCAUUCAAUUAAAAGUCUUGAAGGUUU